AUGAAACUCCCCAACGCAUCGGAUCCGUCUCAUGCCGACGAUCUGAAUGCGGAAUUGCUGGAACAGCUCUUGUCGGACAAACCACGGCCUCGCAAAUCGUCGCUCGACUUUCAAGCGGAAGCCCAUCAAAAGGGGUCUUGGCUGACGCCCAACGCCAAACCACCCAAACCACAACGACGCGAUGCACAACAACAGCAACAGCAGCAACAACCCGCCAUGAUUGCUACAAGAGCGCGUGGAAGUGGAAUUCCACCCCCGCGCAAGUUGCAAUUGGAAGAUUUGCAAGACAUGACGCAAGACGAAGUCAUGCAGGCACUCUAUCAAGAUCCCGAUUUGGCCGAACAAGUGGCGCAAGCGCAAAAGGAGCAGCAACAACAACCGCCCAAACGUCAAAAGACAUCCACCAGUGGCAAACGAUCAAGGCGUAGCAGUUCUUCUGGUAGUACUAGUAGUAGUACUACCGAAUCAUCGUCGUACAACCAUUUGCGAGAUCGCAUGGAAUCGGGCAAUGUCCCUGUCCUGCAGUGGGUUGUCAUCUUGGUCCUCUUGGGAUUGAUGCUCUAUCAGUUGCGCAAGAUUUUGACACUUCCACCACCCAACUCGCAACAAAGACACAACAGUUCCAAAGGAGGAGGAGGAAAAUCCAAACCCAAACAUAUCAACAGCAAGACAAACAAUAAGGCCAAAAAGGAACACAAGCCAGGCAAUAAGGGAAACAAAGCAGCCAAGGAAAACAAAACCAGCAGCAACAACAAGACAAACAGCAAGGCGAAUACUAGCAACAACAACGCCAAGACAAACAGUAGCAAGGCAGAUGGAAACAAGAAAGUAGCUAGCGUCAAGCAACCUGACAACAACAAUGUCCAAAAGACCAAAAAGAAAAAGAACAAUGCGGAACAGAAAGUAACAAAGGACCCACCAGCCAAGAAGCAAGAGGUGACAAAACCAAAACCACAAGAGACAAAACCUGAGCCAAAGAAACCAAAAGAAACUCCCGAGCCAGAGAAUCCGACUUCAAGUAGUCCAAACAAAACCGAGAAAGAAUCUCCUGUUCCUUCGACGUCGGACAAUAUGGAAACUGCCGAAACGACAACACAAGUAGCAGAGAUUGCACCCCCAGCGAGCAACGACAAUGAGCACGCUGAUGAAGACGACGAUGGCUUUCAAGUGGCAACCAGCAAGAAGAAGAAGAAAAAGGGAAAGAACAUCCAAAGUGCUCCAGCACCUACGCAAACAACUCCUACAACUGAAUCCAAAAAGGUCGAGGAGAAAACUGCUGCUACAUCCGAGCCCCCUACUGCUCCUUCCAAGAAGACGGACAGCCAGAAAGUCAAAGCCAAGAAUACGGACAGCCAGAAAGUCGCACCACCGGCGGCGGCAGAAGAUACAGUCAAGAGUGAUGCUGCAUUGGCAUUGCAACUUCAGCAAGAAGAACAGCUACGACUGCAAGCUUCCGUCGCCAACAAUGACGGCGACGGUGAUGGCGAUUCAUGGGCUCAAGUUCCCAAACGCAAUCGUCGAAACAAGGGCGGGGCUACUGCUACUACUACGACAGCUACUAACAAUGGUAUUACAGCUUAG